AGGCAUGACUGGGUACCAUAUAUUGCUGCUUGCACUGCUAACAUAUAGUAGCGAUGGCUAUAAAUUUCUGGUGUACUCUCCCAUUUUUGGAUAUUCUCAUACCAACUUUAUGGGUAUAUUAGCUGACACACUGACAGAAGCGGGUCAUAAUGUGACUAUGUUAAUGCCAAUCAUGGAUGUGGAACAGGUGAAUAAGACUGGGGUCAAACUUACGACAAACAUCAUCAAGGUUCCGGUAGACGAGCGAAUAGCUCCGAUUAUGAAACACCAGGCAGCACAGAUUUCCAGAAUGUGGACUUUGCAGCCGACCAUAUCUGGGCUUCUAGAAAUGAAGAAGAACAUGACAAUGUGGUUUACAUGCCAAUGUGAAAGAGUUUUCCAAGAUGAAGCGCUGAUGAAGCAGCUUGAAGAAGAGCACUUUGACGUUGGCAUUGCGGAAGGCUUCGGAGUUUGUGGUUUCGGCGUUUUUAAAAUAGCCAAAAUCAAGACUACAUUGGCUACGCUGGCCAGUGUACAUAUGGAUCCCAUCUCUGAAGCAAUUGGUGAACCAGUCACUCCCAGCUAUGUUCCAGGAGGAAUGUCAGCGGCAGGCGAUCAGAUGAAUAUCUUUGCUAGACUUAAGAAUGCCAUAGGAAUCAUAUUCACCCGUGCACUUUUCCCCACUGUGUUUGUGAGCGAGGUCAACUCUUUCAAAGAGAAGUUCGGCUCCGAGUUUAGCGAUUGGCAGCAACUCCUCGCCGAUGCUUCGUAUCUGUUCACUAACUCCAAUCCCUACCUUGACUAUCCUCGUCCCAUGCUUCACAAAACUGUGCCUAUUGGUGGAAUUACUGUGCCGAAUGAUUCGAAGAAGAACAAGCUUCCAGCGGAAUGGGAUGCGGUUUUGAACGAACGUAAUACGACAGUUCUAGUGUCAUUUGGAUCUGUGGCAAAAGCAAUGUACAUGCCUGAGGAUUACAAAGAAUCACUUUUAAAAGUUUUUGAAUCUAUGCCGGAGACAACAUUUAUAUUUAAAUACGAAGAAAAGGACUCAAAAAUUGCUGAUCAUCUUCCCAACGUUCAUCUGAGCACAUGGCUUCCUCAAAACGCUUUACUAGCUGAUCCACGUCUAACCGCUUUUGUUACUCAUGGAGGAUUGGGUAGCGUAACGGAAUUAGCUCAUCAGGGCAAACCAGCCGUCCUUAUUCCAAUUUUUGGUGAUCAACCGCGGAAUGCUAAGAUGCUUGCUAAGCAUGGAGGUGCUAUUGAUCUGACUAAAUACGAUCUAGAGACCCCAGAGAAGUUGAGGGAAAGCCUUCGAAUCAUACUUAGCGAUACGAGCUAUUCAAAAAACGCUAAACGUCUUGCUGAGAUGUUACGCAAGCAGCCUAUUAGCCCAAAGGAGCUUUUUUUGCGGCACACAGAAUUUGCAGCAAAGUUCGGUCGCUUACCCAACUUGGAUCCAUACGGAAGGCAGCUCUCGUUUAUACAAUAUUACCUUAUUGAUAUAGCGAAAGUCGUUUGUGUUGUAUCUGUCGUAUUCUAUGGCCUACCUCGGACCAUAAUCAUCAAUGUGGCUGCGAUAGCAAACAGUUUGAUUCUCGCUUGCUACGCACUAUUCAUUGUAAAAGUGAGAAAGGUAUCAAUUUCGGACAAGAAUUUGCGACAUAUAUACCGGUCUCUUAUCCUCACGAGUUUAUCUGUGGUGCUUGGUUGGGUAGCUACCAUAUUCAUUGGAAUCGCAUUCGAUUAUUCGACCAUGAAUUUCACUGGUACAGAAAUUGCUUUGAUUUCUGGCUUACCAGUGAACUUAUCUAUAGCUACAAACUUCUUCGUAUUUUACUUCGUCAGUGAACAAUAUCGCAACGAUUUUAAUAAGUAUCUCUACCUUCGUGUUCCAAAACACAUGACGAAGACGAAGAGUAUUCGAGCACAGACGAUAAUGCGGCAAAGAUCUACACGCACAACUACAAUAUAA